AUGACCGUGAUAGUUGGCCGCCUACUUGUUUCAUUCUCAAUAUGCACACUCGCAACCUCGGCAAAUCUACACUGUGACAACAAUCUUUUCUGUAGUAGGGUUCCUCACCGCGCUUGGAUUGCCAGACGUCGAGCGGCUUUGCAAUUAGUGGAUUUUCACAAACUUACGGGAGGGGAAGGAUUCAUAUCAAUGAACUCCACGUUUUUCACAACGUAUGAACAGAAGGACAGCCUCUGUAACGAUGAAAUGUAUACGGGGUUUCUGCUCGAUAAAGACGCCCUGCGGUGGAACGUCAGCACAAGCCUGGGAGUUACAUGCGCGCCUGUACCUCCAAGAUACAGCAAUAUGCCAUUCGCAUUCAUUCCACCGAACGAAUGGCAGCAAAAAGUGAAAGAUUUUCGAAGUAAAAUAGGAUGUUCCUCAGAGAAAAUAAAUCAAACUUCGGAGAUAGCAGAGUUGUUCAUCUGCAAUGAGCGAUGCAUUCAAGGUGGAAUCGGUUACAUUCCAAGUCUUAUUAUGCUUUUAUCAUUUUCAGUAGCAUUCAUCAAAAACUGCUUGAUGUAA